AUGAUCAAGCUCAUAGGAUCAAUCCUCAAUGACAUAAUAACGGUGAAGGAACAACAACAGAGGGGACAUAAAAAGUUGAAAAGUGAUGAAGAGGAUAAAUAUGGUUUCUUUAGUUAUAAGGCUAGAAACAAGAGAAGGUUUGAUAAUCAAAGUACACACUGGAAAACUUGUGCCUCCAGUAUUGCAGCAAGAGCUAGCUUAGUGGGGUCUUUAACCAAAAGGAAAGCUAAUAACUCCAUUCAAAGUUUUUCUUUGCUCAAGGCUUUUGACAUUGCUAUUAGCCCCAGGAGUCCUUCGAAUUGUUUGGAGGUUUUGUGGUGUCCGCCUUCUCGUGGUUGGGUCAAGUGUAACACCGAUGGCGUUGCUUCGGGCUCUCCUUUGUUUGCUGCCUGCGGAGGUAUUUUUCGUGACGAGGAGGCCAAUCAUAUCAUUAGUUUUGCUGCGUAUAUUGGUCUGGGCUCACCAGUGGUUGCAGAGUUCAUGGCGGUUAUUAUUGCAAUUGAGAAAGCUAUCCUUGAAAACUGGUCUAGACUGUGGAUUGAAACGGACUGCAAGUUGGUUGUGAAGGCUUUUGCAAACGUUCAUCUUGUGCCUUGGGUUCUCAAGUCUCGUUGGCUUACGUGUUGA